UCCUAGCAACAAGAUAUAAAAAGCUCAUGGGAGAUUCCUUGCCAUUGUUUAAGAACAAAACUUCUUGCUUCGAGAAACAAUACAAACCGGUCAACAAAAGACUGCUUGUGGAACUUGACGUGAAUUACAACGAAAAUACGAGUGCUGAAGCAGACGAAUACCAAGCCUUCUUUAAGAAUUCCAGCAAAUACAAUUUCUGUUACGCUUAUGACGGUCUGGAGAGCACUAAGGAAAGUCAACGUAAAAAAUCUGGCAAAAGCGAUCAAGAGUGGGAAGAAUGCUUCGCCUACUGGGAGGAAUACAGGAAUAAAAGUCAUUAUUAUAAUUCAAAAGGACUUCGCGUCCACUGGAGCAAAACCCUGAACGAAGACCUUGCUGACAACACUGGCCUCCAGACAGCUUUCAAAGCAUAUACCACAGUACUUGAAGAAGAAUGUGCAGGAGAAGACACUCAUCUAACAGGACUAGAAAAAUUCAGCGGAAUGCAGCUGUUCUUCAUUUCGCGUGCUAUGACUUUGUGCAAAACAGCAGACAAGUAUUCGCUCAUCAAAGAGAUAAGGAAGGUACAAUUCAGCUCUCCGCGAAACAGGGUGAACGUGCCCUUGAAAAAUUUGGACGAAUUUGGUAAGGAGUUCAACUGUUCACUUGGCUCCCCAAUGCACCCGUACAAAAAUGAAACCUGCUCUUUAUGGUGAAGGGGAAUUGGACAACAACAGCAUGAACAGCCUGAUGUUAAGAGCUCAAAACGUAGACGGGAUACGAGACAAGAAGACACCACAAGCGCUAAUGAAUAAACGUUUGUAAAGGUAAAUAAAUAAACACUAUGA